AAGGCCGCUCUCGUGGAGCGCCUCCUGCUGCAGGACCAGGGCCACGAGCAGAAGAUGGCCCCGCGCGGCAAGCCGAAGGCACCAAGCGUGCGGAUCCGCGGCCUCAGGCUUGGGCUGAAGGCGAUCGCGUACACAGAGGCGGGCUGGCCCUCGGUGUCCGGGGACGUGCUGCGGGCCAUGGCGAAGCAGCAGGGCACCGCGGCGCUGGAGCGGCAGGGCGCCGAGCGCGAGGGCGCGCUGGGGCCGGAGAGCGUGGCCGCCGCCCUGGAGCGCCUCGCGGAGCUCCGGGAGCUCGACGGCCAGCUCGACUUCUUCCUCCGCCCGCUGCAGGACCACGUGCAGGCGGACGGCAGGAUCCGCUCCUGCCUCAAUCUCAACACGGAGACCGGGCGCCUCUCGUCCCGGGACCCGAACCUUCAGAACCAGCCAGCUGGCAGCGGCAGUCGGGCGGGCUUUCGUGGCCGCCGAGGGCAACGCGCUCGUGGUCGCGGACUACGCCCAGCUGGAGCUGCGCGUGCUCGCCCACCUGGCGGGGUGCCAGGCCUGGGUGGAUGCGCUCAACAGCGGGGGCGACUUCCACUCGAAGACUGCGGCCAAGAUGUUCCCGAGCGUGCGGGCCGCCAUCGAGCGGGGGACCGUCCGCCUGGACAAGGAGGGCGACUCCGCCGGGCAGCCGCUGCCCACCGUGAAGGAGGCCUUCCCGCUCGAGCGGGGGCGCGCCAAGACGCUGAACUUCGCGAUCCUGUACGGGAAGACGGCUUGGGGGCUCUCGCAGGACUGGGGGAUCGAGCUGGGUGCGGCGCAGCAGAUCAUCGACGACUGGUUCGAGGCGUACCCGGAGAUCCGGCAGUGGCAGGCGCGCACGCAGGACGAGGCCCGGCAGAGCGGCGGCGUGCGGACGCUCCUGGGGCGCUUCCGGCGGCUGCCCGCGGUCCGCGACGUGCUGAGCGCGCAGAAGAGGAACCACGCCCUCCGCGCCGCCAUCAACACCCCCGUGCAGGGCAGCGCGGCGGACAUCGUGACCCUCGCGAUGCUCCGCCUGGCCUCGUGCAGAUACCUGCUGCACGAGGUCGGCUUCCACAUGGUGCUCCAGGUCCACGACGAGGUGGUCCUCGAGGGCCCGGAGGCCCGGGCAGAGGACGCGCUGUGGCAGGUGCGGCGGCUCAUGGAGGACCCGCUGCCGUUCGGCAUGGCCGCCAGGCUCGUGGUCGACGCGCGCACGGCCAAGAACUGGCACGACGCGAAGCCGGGCUGAGCGGGCGCCGGGCCGGUGCGGGCGAGGCCGGCCGAGCCCGCGCCUCGACCCCCGAUCGACCACGGCUCGCCAGGAGGAGGAGGAGGAGAACCGCGCGUGCAACCUGCUGCUGCUGCUGCUGCUGCCGGAGUCGCUCGACGGCUGCCUGGCGACCGCCUCUGCAGCGGGUAGACGGAACGGGCGCGCCCAGCCCGACCUCACCCCAGCCAGCGCGGGGCGAUGCCGACGGGGCCAGCUGCGCGCGUGCCCUCCCUAUGCCACCUCUCGCCCAGUGCCUCUGCGGCCGCUGCUGCCGGGGCCGCUCGACGACCGCCGCGCGCCCGCCCACGGCCACCGGGGCCGGCCGCCUGGCCGCGGGCGUGCGACGUCGGGGACGGCGGCGGCACCCCCUCGGAAGGACCGCGCGGCUGCUCGGCCAUACCUCUUCGGUCCUGCGGCCGAGGGAGCAGCUGGCUGCAGGGUUUGAUAAGGCUGCCGUUUCGCCGCCCAUCUGCGCGGGCAGCCGCGGGCACUGGGGCGGGUUGGCGGGCGGCCG